AUGCAAGCUCCAGUCCAAGCUCCAGUAGUCUUUAUGAAUACUUCACAAGAACGUACCACAGGUCGUGAAGCUCAAAUAUCUAAUAUCACAGCUGCUAAAGCUGUUGCUGAUGUCAUCCGUACCUGUUUGGGACCAAAGGCUAUGUUGAAGAUGCUUUUGGAUCCAAUGGGUGGUUUAGUUUUAACUAACGAUGGUCAUGCUAUUUUACGUGAAAUUGACGUUGCUCACCCAGCAGCUAAAUCUAUGUUGGAAUUGUCUCGUACUCAAGAUGAAGAGGUUGGUGAUGGUACUACAACUGUUAUCAUUUUGGCAGGUGAUAUUUUAACCCAAUGUGCGCCAUACUUGAUCGAAAAAAAUAUUCAUCCUGUUAUCAUUAUUCAGGCUUUGAAGAAGGCUUUGUCUGAUGCUUUGGAAGUCAUCGACGAAGUCAGCAAACCAGUUGAUACAGAAAAUGAUGCUGCCAUGAAAAAAUUGAUUCAAGCUUCUAUUGGUACUAAAUAUGUUAAUCAUUGGUCCGAAAAGAUGUGUGAAUUGGCACUAAAAGCUGUGAAAACUGUAAGAAUAGAUCUUGGCACCGUCGCAGAAGGUGAACCUAAAUAUGAAAUUGAUACCAAAAGAUAUGUUCGUAUAGAAAAAAUUCCAGGUGGAGAAGUUAUGGAUUCCCGUGUUUUAAAUGGUGUCAUGUUAAAUAAAGAUGUCGUUCAUCCAAAAAUGUCUAGACUAGUGAAAGACCCAAGAGUAGUCUUAUUAGAUUGUCCAUUAGAAUAUAAGAAGGGUGAAUCUCAAACCAACAUUGAAAUUCAAAACGAAGAAGAUUGGGAAAGAAUAUUACAAAUCGAAGAAGAACAAGUCCAAUUGAUGUGUGAACAAAUUCUAGCAGUCAAACCUACUGUAGUAAUUACAGAAAAAGGUGUCUCUGAUUUAGCUCAACAUUUCUUGCUAAAAGGUGGUUGUAGUGUCUUAAGGAGAACAAAGAAAUCUGAUAAUAAUAGAAUUGCCCGUGUCACUGGUGCAACUAUUGUUAAUCGUGUUGAAGAUUUAAAAGAAACUGAUGUAGGUACAAAAUGUGGUCUAUUUAAGGUUGAAUUGAUAGGUGAUGAAUAUUUUACCUUCUUAGAUGAAUGUGAAGAUCCAAAGGCAUGUACUAUUAUGUUGCGCGGUGGUUCCAAGGAUAUAUUAAAUGAAAUUGAACGUAACUUACACGAUGCAAUGGCUGUUGCUCGUAAUGUUAUGUUAUCACCUUCCUUAUCUCCAGGUGGUGGUGCUACUGAAAUGGCCGUUUCUGUCAGAUUAGCUGAAAAGGCUAAACAGUUAGAAGGUAUCCAACAAUGGCCAUAUCAAGCAGUAGCAGAUGCAAUGGAAUGUAUUCCACGUACACUAAUACAAAAUGCUGGUGGCAGUCCAAUUAGAAUAUUAUCACAAUUAAGAGCUAAACACGCCCAAGGUAAUCAUACCAUGGGUAUCGAUGGUGAUAACGGUAAAGUGGUUGAUAUGGUAGAUUAUGGUAUUUGGGAGCCAGAGGUAAUUAAGCAACAAAGCAUCAAGACCGCUAUUGAAAGCGCAUGUUUAUUAUUGAGAGUUGAUGAUAUCGUCAGCGGUGUAAGAAAUCAUGAAGAAUAA